CGCCGCCGCCUUUGUCUGCGCGGGGCCGGGCGGACGCGGCGGGGCCGUGAGAAUGGAACUGACUGAAGGCCCUAUGAGAAAAAGGGAAAGCUAAGGAUGCUGGAGCAGAACAAUGGAUUUCUCUUUCUCUUUCAUGCAAGGGAUCAUGGGAAACACAAUUCAGCAACCACCUCAACUCAUUGACUCGGCCAACAUCCGCCAAGAGGAGGCCUUUGAUGGCAGCAGUGACACUGCCGAGGAUGGGGCCCGGACGCCGUACGAGGCCGCGCUGCAGCAAGGCUUCCAGUACCCCCCGGCAGAGGAGCUGCCCCCGCUCAGCAACGGCUACGCCCCGGCCAUGGGCAUGUACGAGCCCCAGGGCAAAUUCCAGAGCUACCCUCAGUACCCCAACGGCUCGGCCAAUGGCUUUGGCAGCGGCAGGAACUUCAGUCCCCCCGAGUAUUACCAAAUGGAGAACUCCAACGCCAGGCCCCACGAAGCUCUGGAAAAGCCUUCCCCUCCCCAGCCGCCGCCUCCAGCACCACCUUCAGCGCCACAAGUGGGCAUUCCAAAGAAGACUGGCUCACCAGAGAUCAAACUCAAAAUAACCAAAACUAUCCAGAACGGCAGGGAAUUGUUUGAGUCCUCCCUGUGUGGGGACCUGUUGAAUGAAGUCCAAGCGAGGGAAUACGCUAAGGCAAAACAUGAAGGGAGGAAAGAGAAAAGGAAAAAAAGUAGCAAGCAUGACUCUUCCCGGUCGGAAGAGCGCAAGUCACACAAAAUUCCAAAAUUAGAACCAGAGGAGCAAAAUAGACCAAACGAGAGGCUUAGCACACUCUCUGAGAGACCAAGAGAAGAUGCAGUACUGGAGGAAGCCCCGGUGCAGCCGCUCGUGCCGUCCCUUCCAGCACAGGUCACCCACGACGUCAAGUUCCAGGUUGGGGAUCUGGUUUGGUCCAAGGUGGGGACGUACCCCUGGUGGCCUUGCAUGGUGUCCUGUGAUCCACAGCUUGACGUGCAUACCAAAAUUAACACAAGAGGUGCCCGGGAAUACCACGUGCAGUUCUUCAGCAACCAGCCAGAGCGAGCCUGGGUGCACGAGAAGCGUGUCCGGGAGUACCAAGGGCACAAACAGUACGAGCAGUUACUGGCUGAGGCAGCCAAGCAAGCCAGCAACCACUCUGAGAAGCAGAAGAUUCGCAAGCCGCGGCCGCAGAGGGAGCGAGCGCAGUGGGACAUCGGCAUUGCCCACGCCGAGAAGGCGCUGAAGAUGACCCGGGAGGAGAGGAUAGAACAGUACACCUUCAUUUACGUGGACCAAGAGCCAGAGGAGGCUUUGGCCAAAGCCAAAAAGACUGCAGCCUCCAAAUCGGAGGCCAAGAAGAACCGGCGGCCGAAGGCAGCGCCGAGCACGCAGCCGGAGCACGGCAGCGCGGGGACAGGGACGGGGACGGCGCCAGGGCCGGGCUCGUCACCCUCCCACGCCGAGGCACGCAGGCAGGGCCAGCGCAGGCAGCCCAGCGGCGAGGAGGAGGAGGCACCGCCCGUGAAGAUCGCCUGGAAAACAGCUGCAGCCAGGAAGUCCCUACCAGCUUCAAUAACCAUGCACAACCUGGAUCUGCAAAAGUGUAACAUGUCUCCGGUUGUUAAAAUUGAACAGGUUUUUGCCCUUCAGAAUGCUGCUGGGGAUGGAAAACUCAUCGAUCAAUUUGUUUAUUCCACCAAGGGAGUUGGUAACAAAACAGAAAUAAGCGUCAAAGGACAAGAGAAGCUCAAUUCUUCAUCAGCACAGAGAAGUGAAAAAGCAGUGGUGCAAAAUGCUUCCUCUCCUGAGACAACUUCUGGGCUAGCAGGUUCUGUAGAAAAGAAGCAACAGAGAAGAUCGAUUCGAACCCGCUCCGAGUCUGAGAAAUCCACUGAAGUUGUGCCAAAGAAGAAGAUCAAAAAGGAGCAGGUUGAAGCUGUCCCACUGGCAGCAGUGAAGACGGGGCUGCAGAAAGGUGCCAGUGAGAUUUCAGACUCCUGUAAACCCUUAAAGAAGAGAAGUCGUGCCUCUACAGACAUGGAACUGACCAGCUCAGCCUACAGGGACACAUCUGACUCUGAUUCCAGAGGACUCAAUGAUUUACAGGGCAGUUUUGGGAAGCGCUCAGACAGCCCCUCAGCCACUGCUGAUGCUGAUGCCUCGGAUGUGCAGUCGGUGGACUCCAGCUUAUCCAGGAGAGGAACUGGAACAAGUAGAAAAGACACUGUUUGUCAGAUCUGUGAGAGCUCUGGCGAGUCUCUGCUGGCCUGCGAGGGGGAGUGCUGCAGCAUGUUCCACCUGGAGUGUCUGGGCCUGAAGGCUGUGCCUGAGGAAAAGUUCAUCUGCACCGAGUGUAAGAACGGAGAGCACACGUGCUUUUCCUGCAAGCUCCCUGGCAAGGACGUGAAGCGCUGCUCUGUCAGCACGUGUGGCAAGUUCUACCACGAGUCCUGUGUGCGCAAGUUUGCCACGGCCCUGUUCGAGUCCCGCGGCUUCCGCUGCCCCCAGCACUGCUGCACGGCCUGCUCCAUGGACAAGGACAUGCACAAGGCCAGCAAGGGUCGCAUGGCGAGAUGUCUGCGCUGCCCCGUGGCCUAUCACUCUGGAGACGGCUGCAUCGCUGCAGGAAGCUUGUUUGUGUCAUCCCACAUCCUCAUCUGUAGUAACCAUUCCAAAAGGACUCACUCCUCAUCAGCUGUAAAUGUAGGCUUUUGUUUCGUUUGUGCAAGAGGGCUGGUAGUGCAGGACCAUUCAGACCCCCUGUUCAGUUCCUAUGCCUAUAAGUCCCACUACCUACUGAAUGAGUCAAAUCGUGCUGAGUUGAUGAAAUUACCUAUGAUUCCUCCUCCUUCGUCAGCUUCCAAAAAGAAAUGUGAGAAAGGUGGCAAACUGUUGUGCUGUGAGUCCUGCCCAGCUUCCUUCCACCCCGAGUGUCUCAGCAUAGAAAUGCCUGAGGGAUGCUGGAAUUGCAAUGACUGUAAAGCUGGCAAGAAGCUGCGGUACAAGCAGAUCGUUUGGGUCAAGCUUGGAAAUUACAGGUGGUGGCCAGCAGAGAUCUGCAAUCCCAGGUCUGUGCCUCUCAACAUACAGGGCCUCAAACAUGAUAUCGGGGACUUCCCAGUAUUUUUCUUUGGUUCACAUGACUACUAUUGGGUACACCAGGGCAGAGUUUUCCCUUAUGUUGAAGGAGAUAAAAGCUUUGCUGAGGGGCAAACUAGUAUUAACAAGACCUUCAAGAAAGCACUUGAAGAAGCAGCAAAGCGUUUCCAGGAACUGAAAGCACAAAGAGAAAGCAAAGAGGCAUUGGAAAUUGAAAGGAAUUCAAGGAAACCUCCGCCCUAUAAACACAUUAAAUCCAACAAGGUGAUCGGGAAGGUUCAGAUCCAGGUGGCCGACCUGUCAGAGAUCCCGCGCUGUAACUGCAAACCCUCGGACGAGAAUCCCUGCGGGCUGGAGUCCGAGUGCCUCAACAGGAUGCUGCAGUACGAGUGCCACCCGCAGGUGUGCCCGGCCGGGGAGCGCUGCCAGAACCAGUGCUUCACCAAGAGGCUCUACCCCGACGCCGAGAUCAUCAAAACCGAGCGCCGCGGCUGGGGGCUGCGCACCAAGAGGAGCAUUAAAAAGGGUGAAUUUGUCAAUGAGUAUGUUGGGGAGUUGAUUGAUGAGGAGGAGUGCAGGCUGCGGAUCAAACGUGCUCACGAGAACAGUGUCACCAAUUUUUAUAUGCUGACUGUAACCAAGGACCGAAUAAUAGAUGCUGGCCCAAAGGGGAACUACUCUCGUUUUAUGAACCAUAGUUGUAACCCAAACUGUGAAACACAGAAGUGGACAGUGAAUGGUGACAUUAGAGUUGGACUGUUUGCUCUUUGUGACAUUCCUGCAGGAAUGGAGUUAACAUUCAAUUACAACCUGGACUGCCUGGGCAAUGGCAGGACCGAGUGUCACUGUGGAGCAGAGAACUGCAGCGGCUUCCUGGGCGUGCGUCCCAAGACAGCAUUUGCAACAGCAAACGAAGAGAAGGUGAAAAAUGCAAAAUUAAAGCAGAAGAAACGGAAAAUAAAAACAGAACAGAAGCAAAUGCAUGAAGAUAACUGUUUCCAGUGUGGAGAUGGGGGAGAGCUGGUCAUGUGUGAUAAGAAGGACUGUCCCAAAGCAUACCACCUCCUAUGCCUUAACCUGACUCAACCACCUUUUGGAAAGUGGGAAUGUCCAUGGCAUCAGUGUGACAUCUGUAGCAAUCCUGCCGUGUCCUUCUGUGAGUUUUGCCCCCAUUCCUUCUGCAAGGAUCACGAGAAGGGAGCCCUGGUGCCGUCGGCGCUGGACGGCCGCCUCUGCUGCUCCGCACACGACCCCAAAUCUCCUGUGGCACCCGAGUACUGGAGCAAGAUCAAGUGCAAAUUGGAAGCACAGAACGCUGUGGAAGAGGCAAAGGAGUGAAUUUGGUUAAAGACAAACACGGGAGGGGAGAAGAGGGGCAGCAGGCGAUGAACUCAGAGAUUGCCAUGCCACACUCGGCUUUGUCCUCGGGGCCGUCACGUGUGAGCUGGAACGGGACCAUUGAGCGAGGAGGACCAGGCACUGGUGUUUGCUUUUUAUUGUUUGGUCUUUCUUUUACCCUUGAAUGUGCUACAGCAGCUCU